AUGAAACGGGAUCGGAACCAUCCCAGUGUCAUCUUGUGGAGUUUCUGCAACACAAAUGGCUGCCAAGGACAACAAGAAGUGGCCGGUGCAGUGUUUCAGGAAGUGGUGGAUACCUAUGAUGGAACCCGACCUACAUUGGCCAAUAUGAUGAAAUAUGGAGGCAUCUUGUCCGACACGGUCGAUAUCCAAGGAGUCUCUUAUGGGCCCGGGGAAAACUUGGACGACUGCCAUGCCAACUUGCCUGAGAACCCCAUGAUCCAGUCCGAAUGCUGUUCAUGCAAUACUAUGCAAGGAGAAGAUGCUGGAUGUGAAACGACCUAUAACAAUCCGCAUUAUGCCUCUGAUCAAGGAGCUUUCAAUGGCCGCUGCUUGGAACAAACCGUCAACACUUCAGAUAGUGUGGCGUAUGCCGCUGUAACCCUUGUCUGGAGCUUUUUGACUACUACAGGGAACCUCCUUCGGCUAUAUGGUGUCAAUGCGGGGUCAGGAACUGCGUCAACUGUAGCUUUGAUGCUGAAUAGCUACCACCCUAUUGAGCUAUCAACUACUAUGGAAAGAAUGCAUAAUAACUAUAACUACUAUAUAGAGAAACAUGUCGUAAAUGAAGUUCACUUGAAUGGUCCAAACCUCCCAAAUGCCACAAAGUAUCAGUACUGUUGA